UCCUGCCUGGACCAGUCAUGACUUGCGUGCCUCUGCUCGCCCAGGGGUCGUAAACAACGGGUUAACAAAGUCUUCUCGCCUCAUUUCACAUCCCCAUCUGAAGAACUACUAGUCCCCUUCCUCGGUUCCUCCUCCUGUCCCCCUCUCCCAUGGCCCAAUCCUGGGCCUUCUUCCUCCUCGUCGUCCUCUGCUUCUGCUGUGUGUCCGACCUCAUCUGCGGCAGCAAUGGGGAGCGAGUCUUCCUCUACCCGCAGUCCCAGAAGGUCUCGUCCAUCGUCAGCCAGAGGUACCGGACCGCCUACCACUUCCAGCCCCCCAAGAACUGGAUCAACGAUCCAAACGGGCCAAUGUACUACAAUGGCAUAUACCAUGAGUUCUACCAGUACAACCCCAAUGGCUCCGUCUGGGGUAACAUAGUUUGGGGCCACUCAGUUUCUACAGACCUCAUCAACUGGAUUCCACUUGAAACCGCAAUAGCGCGGGACACCCCGAGCGACAUAAACGGUUGCUGGACCGGCUCAGCCACAAUCCUCCCCGGUAACCGACUGGUCAUCAUAUACACCGGUGCCGACCCGGAAAAGCGUCAGGUCCAAAACAUUGUGGUUCCGAAAAACAUGUCUGACCCGUACCUGAGGGAAUGGACCAAAGCCGGCAAUAACCCGGUGAUCCAGCCGGUCGGUCCAGGCUUGAACUCGGGCCAGUUCAGGGAUCCGACAACCGGUUGGGUUGGACCUGAUGGACUGUGGAGGAUAGCAGUUGGUGCUGAGCUCAACGGCGACAGUGCUGCACUUUUGUACAAGAGCAAAGACUUUCUGAACUGGACUAGAGUUGACCACCCACUGUAUUCAUCCAAUUCCUCCUCUAUGUGGGAGUGCCCGGAUUUCUUCGCGGUAUUGCCAGGCAAUAGCGGUGGACUGGACCUGUCUGCAGCGAUCCCAAAUGGUGCCAAGCAUGUCCUCAAGAUGAGCCUGGAUUCCUGUGACAAGUACAUGAUUGGGGUUUAUGAUCUGAAAAGUGACACCUUUAUUCCAGAUACUGUCCUAGAUGACCGCCGGCUAUGGUUGAGGAUCGAUUAUGGUAAUUUCUAUGCCUCAAAGUCAUUUUUCGACUCGAAGAAGAGCAGGAGGAUCAUAUGGGGUUGGACUAACGAGACAGACAGUUCUUCGGACGAUGUUGCAAAAGGUUGGGCAGGAAUCCAUGCAAUUCCCAGGACAAUUUGGUUAGACAGCCAUGGCAAGCAGUUGCUGCAAUGGCCAGUUGAAGAGGUCGAGUCCCUUCGAGGAAAUGAAAUCAACCAUCAAGGACUAGAGCUGAAGAAGGGUGGUCUGUUUGAGAUUAAGGGAACUGACAGUUUCCAGGCUGAUGUGGAGAUAGACUUUGAGCUGACGUCCAUCGAUAAAGCCGAUCCUUUCGAUCCCUCCUGGCUUUUGGACGUCGAGAAGCAUUGCCGGGAAGCGGGUGCAUCAGUCAAUGGUGGCAUAGGGCCAUUUGGACUUGUUGUCCUGGCCUCUGACAACAUGGAGGAGCACACUGCUGUGCACUUCCGGGUGUACAAGUCAGAGCAGAAGUACAUGAUACUCAUGUGCUCUGAUCUAAGAAGUUCUUCAUUGAGACCAGGACUGUACACACCAGCCUAUGGAGGCUUCUUUGAAUAUGACCUUGAAAAAGAAAAGAAGAUAUCUCUGAGAACUCUGAUUGAUCGGUCGGCGGUGGAGAGCUUCGGCGGUAGCGGCAGGGUCUGCAUCAUGGCCAGAGUGUACCCCGUGGCGGUUGUCGACGGCGUGGCCCACAUGUAUGCCUUCAACAACGGCAGUGCCACGGUCAGGGUGCCACAGCUCAGGGCCUGGAGCAUGAGGAGAGCACAAGUGAAUGUGAAAGGGAUGGAGUGAUGAUGGUUAACAAAGCAGAGCAAUUCUAAUUGACUUGUGAUUGGAGGACUGGAUCGAUUUGAUCACUUGUUUAGCACACUUCACUAUUUUGAAAAAAAAACAAAUUAUUCCCAUUCAUGAGCACUUCUAGUAGGUAGAAAUAAAAGGAAAUUCAACAGGAAAGAUAUUAGCUGCUCAUUUCCUUGACCUCUAGGAUUCAUGUAUUAUAGUCUACCGAUACUUGGUCACAAAGAAGGAAAAAUAUUACUGUUUUAAAGUAGUGGUAGUUGGCAAUUGGUAAGGAAACAUGAUGCGUGUUGUCA